AUGUCGUUGCAAGACGCGCUGUCGCGGCGGCUGCUGUUCAAGAAGGGCACGCUGCCGGCGAAGAAGCUGGAGGAGAUGGGGCCUGUGAUCAAGGAGCUCAAGGCUGUUGGCUGGCACUUGCUUGCGGAGAACGAGCGCACCCAGCUUGAUGUGCAGCAGUGGAAGGCGCACAGCGAGGAGCUGCAGGCGGGCGCGGCGGCAAAGGCGGAGGAGUGGGCCGCGCGGGAGGUGGCGGGCGCGCAGCAGCUUGCGGAGGUCAAGGAGUCUCUCGCAAAGGCGGAGGCAGAGGGCACAGCGGUGCAGCAGCGCCUGUCUGAGGCGGAGGCGCAGGUGGCUGCGCGAGGGGCGGAGCUGGCAGAGGCACGGCGGCAGCUGGACGGACGCGAGGCAGAACUGGAGAAGGCCACCAGCCAGAUCCAGGAGCGGGACGUUAAGAUCCAUGAGAUGGAGGAGGUGGUGCGCCAGAGCCAGCGGUACAGCACAACACUGCAGGCAUACAACACCAGCCUGCAGAAUGACCUCAAUGCGGAGAAGGCGCGCCGGGACGAGGUGGUCAAGGCGCGCGAAGAGCUGCAGGGGCAGGUGGCGGAGCUGGGGGGCCUGGUCAAGAGCAGCGAGAGGAUGUUGCAGCUGGAGCAGGGCCAGGUGCAGAAGCUGCGCGACGAGCGGGAGACAGUGGCGCGCGAGGUGGCGGUGCUGCGGGUCGACCUGGACGCGACGCGCGCAGACAGGGAGCGGCUGUCUUCUGAGGCCAAGGACCUGAAGGAUGAGCUGGAGAGGAUCCGCGAGGCGGGUGGCAAGUCAGCAGAGUCGCUGGAGGCCAUCUGCAACAGCAAGGCCACCCUGGAGGCCCAGCUCAACAGCCAGAGGGCCCUGCUUGACGCCCUGCGCAACGACCUGGGCAGCGCGCGCGAGCAUCAGGCGCUGGCAGACAGCCUGGCCGCCAGCAGGGGCUCCCAGCUCGAGGACCUCAAGGCCCAGCUGUCCACGCUGCAGGCGUCCCUCGCCGACGCGGAGCGCCGCGAGCUCAAGGGAAACAUCCGCGUGUUCUGCCGCGUGAGGCCGUCGCUGCAGAGCGAGGUGGAGGGCGAGGGCAGCGGCACCGAGCCGCUCGCCACCUCAUUCCCCACCAGCGGUGAGCGCCGCUCGAACGCCUUUCCGGCCCGCGCCGUCGAGGGGCCUAGAAAUGCGUCCGCCGCCGCGUGA